UAUCUUCUUGGUCGACGGAGCCGCUUUAUUGCAGUUCCUCAUUCUUCUGACCAGACACAGGAGACUCUCGGCUUGCGGCCGCUUCUUUCCAACAAUGCAUCUUGUCUUCCACCAUUUCCUAGUACAGCUGAAGUGCAAUCUUACCUGCCUAAUGUAGGCCCUAAGGAUGAGGCAAACGAAGCAAUUGUGACAGAAACGAAUAUUCUUCCCCCUCUCUGUUCCAUUCCCCAAUCUUCAACGGAGGGUGAGUAG